AUGGCCAGGGCAGAGGAGCCGGCGGAGGCAGCCGUGGAGCUCAGCGGGCUGCCCCCCGACGGCGCGGACGAGCUCCUCACCCUCUACUUCGAGAACCGCCGGCGCUCCGGAGGCGGCCCGGUGCGGAGCUGGCGGAGACUGGGCGGCGGCGGCAUUCUCACCUUCUGGGAGCCCGCAGACGCGGCGAGGGUCCUGGCGCGGGAGCAUGAGCUGCAGGGCGCCCGGCUGAGGCUGCGCCCCGCCCCGCCGCGCGCCCCGGCGCGCCUGCUGCUUCAGGGGCUGCCCCUGGGCGCGGCGCCCCGGAGCCUGGAGUUGCACGUCCAGGCCCUGCUACGAGCCGCGGGGCACCCGGAGCAGCCCUGCCGCGCCCUGGACAGCCCCAGACCGGACCGGGCCCUGGUUCAACUCUCCAAGCCCCUGUCCGAGGCAGAGCUCCUGGGCCUGGAGGAGCAGGCCCGCUCCCUGCGCCUGGAGGGGGCAGCCGUGUCCUUAACCGCGGUGCCACAGGCCAGAGCCGUGCGUGUGGUGAGGGCCACGUCGUCCGUGGACCUACUGCUGCUGGAGCUGUACCUGGAGAACCAGGGCCGCAGCGGUGGGGGCGCCCUGGAGGGUCUGCGUAGCCUACCUGGGCUCCUGGGCACUGUGGUCUCCUUCCAGGAGUGGCAGGCUGCGGAGCGGGUGCUGCAGCGGGAGCAUGAGCUGCAGGGAACGGUGCUCAGCUUCGUGCCUCACUACGAUGUCCUGGAGCCAGAGGACCCUUCUGAGGACAUUGGUGCCAGGGGGCACCUGACCGAGGGGGAGCCUGGGGUCCCCAAGCCUGCCCCCCCGGAGGCCAGAGGGCCUGCAGAGGUGCCGACAGGCGCAGGGACUGUGCCCACGGGCUCUGAGCAGGCCCCAGGGCCACCCGCCACCCCCACACCAGCGUGUCCCGCAGAGCUUCCAGCACCGGCUGGGCCAGUGGGCUCAGUGGGGGCGCCAGGGUGGGAGGGUCCCGGGCGUCCGGGGCCUGAAGCGUCACCAGGGCAGGGAGGCCUGGUGGAUGUGGUCCUGCCCAUGGAGCCUGGCGCCCUCCGCUUCUUGCGGCUGUACCAUGAGGACCUCCUGGCCGACCUGGGAGAUGUGGCCCUCUUCCCACUCGAAGGAUCCACAGUGACCGGCUUUCGGCUCUGCGGGGCGCCAGGCCCUUGCCGGGCGGCCGAGGAGUUCCUGCAGUGCCUGCUGGGCAGCGUCAGCUGCCACCUGCUAAGCCUGGGCCACCCGGGCAGCGCCAGUUUCCUGCUGAGCCUGGAAGGACAGCAGCUCCUCCGUGGACUGGAGGCACGAUUCCGGUGUGCGUUUGGGACGGAGCGGCUGGCCACAGCUGUCCUGGAAGCCACGGAGUCUGUCGCUGAGGAUCCCACCGAGGCCCUCCAGGCCCUGCCUGGCCAGCCCCUCACCCCGUGGCCCCCGGACGAUGCAGGCAGUGACCAGGAGAACGUGAGCCUGGGGGAGAUGCGAGAGCUGCUGGCCGCCCUGGACAGCUGUCUGCCCCUGGAGCGAGGGGAAGAGAUGCCUGCGGGGCGGCCAGAGGAGGCCCCUGGGACCUCCAGCCCUGGGGCUCCCGGACGGCUGGAGGAGGAGGCUGAGCUGCAGCUGGCCCUCCACCGCUCACUGGAGCCGCCAGGUCGGGAGGCCAAGCAGGAGGAGGUCGCCGCGCUGCGGCGAGCCCUGGCCCUCUCCCUGCUGGAGCCGCCCCCACCUGGGGCAGUCGGGUUCGCGGGCGGGGGCCCUGGCAGCCAGGCCCAGCUGGAGGUGCACGUGGCCUUUGAACAGGAUGUGGAGGAGCUGGAGCGGGCGCUGGGGGCCGCCUUGGAGGAGCACCUCCGGGAGGAGGCGGUGGGCCCCGGGGGCCACCUGCUGCCCUCGGAGCUGCAGGCGCGACUGGAGCGGUUCCACCGUGUGAGCGUGGCCCUGCGCGGAGAUUGCACCGUGCUCAGGGGCUUUGGGGCCCAGCCUGCCCGGGCCGCCCGCCACCUAGCAGCGCUGCUGGCGGGGGCCCCGGCCCAGAGCCCGGCCUUGCCCGUGGAAGCUCCAGGGCUGCGGCAGAGGCUGAAGGAGCCCCCGGGCGGGCUGGAGUGUCUGGCCGAGGGCAGCAGGGAGUUCCGGGAGGUGGUGCAGGCCUUCUACGACACCCUGGACGACGCCCGCAGCAGGGUCCGCAUCAUCCGGGUGCAGCGGGUGCGGCACCCCCUGCUGCAGCAGCAGUACGAGGCGCACCUCGGGCUCCUGGAGCAGCGCUGCGAGCGGCGCCCCGUGGAGCGCGUCCUGUACCACGGCACGUCGGCGGCCGCCGUCCCCGACAUCUGUGCCCACGGCUUCAACCGCAGCUUCUGCGGCCGCAACGGCACGCUGUACGGCCGGGGCGUCUACUUCGCCGAGCGCGCCGCGCUGUCGGUGCAGGACUGCUACUCGCCGCCCGCCGCCGACGGCCUCAAGGCGGUCUUCGUGGCGCGCGUCCUGACCGGCGACUUCGGGCAGGGCCACCCCGGGCUGCGGGCGCCCCCGCUGCGGGCCGCGGACGACGCGCUCCUGCGCUUCGACAGCGCCGUGGACCGCCUGGACCGGCCCCGCGUCUUCGUCAUCUUCCACGACACCCAGGCGCUGCCCACCCACCUCAUCACCUGCCGGCGCCUGCCCCGGGCUCCCCCCUCCGGGCUCUCGGGCCCAGCCGCGGCCACCUGCCCCUAG